UCUGACACGAUGCCUGACCCAGCUAAGUCCGCGGCCAAGAAGGGCUCCAAGAAAGCAGUCACCAAAGCUGCCGGAAAAGGCAAAGGGAAGCGCAGGAAGGCAAGGAAGGAGAGCUACGCCAUCUACGUGUACAAGGUACUGAAGCAGGUCCACCCCGACACCGGCAUCUCGUCCAAGGCCAUGAGCAUCAUGAACUCCUUCGUCAACGACAUCUUCGAGCGCAUCGCCACCGAGGCGUCUCGUCUGGCUCUCUACAACAAGAGACGCACCAUCUCUUCCAGGGAGAUCCAGACCGCCGUCCGCCUCCUGCUGCCGGGUGAGCUGGCCAAGCACGCCGUGUCUGAGGGCACCAAGGCCGUCACCAAGUACACCAGCUCCAAGUAAAACUCUUGCCUUUCCCAACGCCACAAAAACGGCUCUUUUAAGAGCCACUCA